GAACCCUCGACCUUCUAUCCCGAAGUCCGGCGCGCUAUCCAACGUGCCGCAAAGCAUGCUCGUGCGGCAGAGUCGAUUUCCGCGCUUAUAAACCCAGGGUCGUUACACUACAGUAGAGCUAGACCUAUGUACAGUAAAAAUAUACAUCUGGUCUGAUUUAGACUCCUAAAAGUCUUUAUUUUGGAAACAAUUAUUUAUUUAUUUUACAACAGAAUAGGCCGUCCUGUAAAUGUGUAAGACUUCAAAAUGAUAAACAGUCGUUCUCUUCAUUGAUAAUAUUUUAAUCACAUUUUGUCAGUAUGAUUACUGUUUUACACUCGUUUAAUUUUGGCACAAUUGUUUCAUUCUCUUCUACAAUUGGUCAAAGUAAACGCCGGUAAAUACUUGGGAAAAGAGGAAUGUGUUUCCUCUGUUUCGAUUGGCUGCGGAACAAGAACCUUCGCAAUUGUGUCGUCUCGAGAUCAGCCGCAGCUGAAGCCGAACAUGUCGGAUCCCACUGUUGCAGAUACUCGCCGAUUAAACUCUAAACCACAGGAUCUCACAGAUGCGUAUGGCCCCCCAAGCAAUUUUCUUGAAAUCGACGUUUAUGACCCACAAACAAUUGGAGUUGGCCGGAACAGAUUCACCACCUAUGAAGUGCGAAUGCGGACAAAUCUUCCCAUCUUCAAACUUAAGGACUCUGUUGUGCGGAGAAGGUACAGUGAUUUUGAGUGGCUGAAGAAUGAGCUGGAGAGAGACAGUAAGAUUGUGGUGCCCCCUCUCCCUGGGAAAGCUUUAAAAAGACAGCUGCCCUUCCGAGGAGAUGAGGGUAUUUUUGAGGAGUCCUUCAUUGAGGAGCGGAGGGUAGGCUUGGAGCAGUUCAUCAACAGACUUGCAGGUCAUCCCCUGGCCCAGAAUGAGCGCUGUCUGCACAUGUUCCUUCAGGAUGAGUCCAUUGACCGGAACUAUGUUCCUGGAAAAGUACGCAAGUAGGAUGGGCAUGGUUGGGGUUCCGACUGGGUGGGUGUGGUGAAGAGGCUGGUGGCAGUAGGUGGGAAGGACUGGCUGAUCCUUAACGGUUUCUAUCCAUCUCUCCCGGCAAGGAAUAGCAUUUUAUUUUUACAUUAAAGAAUAUAAAUACUGUGUGUAUAUGUAUGUACAGUGCAUUCUGAAAGUAUUCAGACCCCUUUUUCCAAAUUUUGUUAAGUUACAGCCUUAUUCUAAAAUUGAUUUUUUUCAAUUUAAACCAUUGAUCUACACACAAUAGCCCAUAAUGCAAAUGGAUUUUUUUUUUUUUACGUAUACCUUAUUUACAUAGGUAUUCAGACUCUUUGCUUUGAGACUCGAAAUUGAGCUCCGGUGCAUCCUCUUUCCAUUGAUCAUCGUUAAGAUGUUUCUACAACUUUAUUGGAGUCCACCUGUGUAAAAUUCAAUUGAUUGGACAUGAUUUGGAAAGGCACACACCUGUCUAUAUAAGGUCCCACAGUUAGCAGUGAAUGUCAGAGCAAAAAACAAGCCAUGAGGUCAAAGGAAUUGUCCGUAGAGCUCCGAGACAGGAUUGUGUCAAGGCACAGAUCUGGGGAAGGGUACUAAAAAAUGUCUGCAGCAUUAAAGGUCCCCAAGAACAGUGGUAUCAUUCUUAAAUGGAAGAAGUUUGGAACCACUAAGACUCUUUGUAGAGCUGGCCGCACAGCCAAACUGAGCAAUCGGGGGAGAAGGGCCAUGGUCAGGGAGGUUACCAAGAACCCGAUGGUCACUGACAGAGCUCCAGAUUUCCUCUGGAGAAGAACCUUCCAGAAGGACAACCAUCUCUGCAGCACUCCACCAAUCAGGUCUUUAUGGUAGAGUGGCCAGAUGGAAGCCACUCUUCAGUAAAAGGCACAUGACAGCCCGCUUGGAGUUUGCCAAAAGGCACCUAAAGGACUCCGACCAUGAGAAACAAGUUUCUCUGGUCUGAUGAAACCAAGAUUGAACUAUUUUGGCAGAAUGCCAAGCGUCAUGUCUGGAGAAAACCUGGCACCAUUCCUAUGGUAAAGUAUGGUGGUGGCAACAUCAUGCUGUGGGCAUGUUUUUCAGUGGCAGGGACUAGGAGACUAGUUGGGAUCGAGGGAAAGAUGAAUGGACAAAAGUACAGAGAGAUCCUUGAUGAAAACCUGCUCAGGAACGUUCACCUUCCAAUAGGACAACGACCCUAAGCACACAGCCAAGACAACACAGAAGUGGUUUUGGGACAAGUCUCAAUGUCCUUGAGUGGCCCUGCCAGAGCCUGGACUUGAACCCGAUCAAACCUCUGGAGAGGCCUAAAAAUAGCUGUGCAGCAACGCUCCCCAUCCAACCUGACAGAUCUUGAGGAUCUGCAGAGAAGAAUGGAAGAAACUCCCCAAAUACAGGUGUGUCAAGCUUGUAGCGUCAUACCCAAGAAGACUCGAGGCUGCCAAAGGUGCGUCAAAGUACUGAGUAAAAAGUCUGAAUACUUAUGUAAAUGUGAUUUCAGUUUAUUUAUAAUAAAUUAGCCAACAUGUAUUCAAAAACCUCUUUUUGCUUUGUCAUUAUGGGGUAUUGUGUGUAGAUUGAGGGGGGAGGAAAAAACUAUUUAAUCAAUUAUAGAAUAAGGCUAUAACGUAACAAAAUGUGGAAAAAGUCAAGGGGUCUGAAUACUUUCCAAAUGCAAAGUAUAUGUAUUUACACUACAGUUCAUAAGUUUGGGGUCACUUAGAAAUGUCCUUGUUUUUGAAAGAAAAGCAAAAAAAAAUGUCCAUUGAAAUAACAUCAAAUUGGUCAGAAAUAUUGUGUAGACAUUGUUAAUGUUGUAAAUGACUAUUGUAGCUGGAAAUGGCUGAUUUUUAAUGGAACAUCUACAUAGAUGUACAGAGGCACAUUUAUCAGCAACCAUCACUCCUGUGUUCCAAUUGCAUGUUGUUAGCUAAUCCAAGUUUAUAAUUUUAAAAGGCUAAUUGAUCAUUAUAAAACCCUUUUGCAAUUUUCUUAGGUCAGUUGAAAACUGUUCUGAUUAAAGAAGAAAUAAAACUGUCCUUCUUUAGACUAGUUGAGUAUCUGGAGCAUCAGCAUUUGGUUCGAUUACAGACUCAAAAUGGCCAGAAACAAGACCUCUCUUCUGAAACUCGUCAGCCUAAUCUUGUUCUGAGAAAUGAAGGCUGUUCCAUGUGAGAAAUUGCCAAGAAACUGAAGAUCUCGUACAACGGCGUGUACUACUCCCUUCACAGAACAGCGCAAACUGGCUCUAACCAGAAUAGAAAGGAGUGGGGGCCCCCGGUGCACAACUGAGCAAGAGGACAAGUACAUUAGAGUGUCUAGUUUGAGAAACAGACACCUCACAAGUCCUGAACUGGCAGCUUCAUUAAAUAGUACCCGCAAAACAGCAGUCACAACGUCAACCGUGAACUGCGUUGUUGGUUAGGGGCUCGUAAGUAAGCAUUUCAUUGUAAGUGUUCGGCACAUGUGACUUAUAAAAUUUGAUUUAAAAAGGCGACUCCUGGAUGCUGGCCUUCUAGGCGGAGUUGCAAAGAAAAAGCCAUAUCUCAGACUGGCCAAGAAAGAUAAAAUAUUAAGAUGGGCAAAAGAACAGACACUGGACAGAGGAAGAUUGGAAAAAAGUGUUAUGGACAGACAAAUCUAAGUUUGAGGUGUUCGGAUCACAAAUCAGAACAUUUGUGAGACACUGAAAAGAUGCUGGAGGAUUGCUGAACGCCAUCUGUCAUCAUGGUGGAGGCAAUGUGAUGGUCUUUGGGUGCUUUGGUGGUGGUGAAGUGGGAGAUUUGUACAGUGUAAAAGGGAUCUUGAAGAAGGAAAGCUAUCACUCCAUUUUGCAUCGCCAUGCCAUACCCUGUGGACGGCGCUUAAUUGGAGCCAAUUUCCUCCUUCAACAGGACAAUGACCCACAGCUCCAAACUAUGCUAUAACUUUUUCGGGAAGAAGCAGUCAGUUGGUAUUCUGUCUAUCACGGAGUGGCCAGCACAGUCACUGGAUCUCAACCCUAUUGAGCUGUUGUGGGAUUAGCUUGACCGUAUGGUACGUAAGAAGUGCCCAUCAAGCCAAUCCAACUUGUGGGAGGUGCUUCAGGAAGCAUGGGGUGAAAUCUCUUCAGAUUACCUCCACAAAUUGACAACUAGAAUGCCAAAGGUCUGCAAGGCUGUAAUUGCUGCAAAUUGAGAAUUCUUUGACGAAAGCAAAGUUUAAAGGACACAAUUAUUUAAAUUAAAAAUAAUUAUUUAUAACCAUGUCAACUUCUUGAGUAUAUUUCCUGUUGAAACUAAUUUCAUGUAUGUUUUCAUGGAGAACAAGGACAUUUCUAAGUGACGCCAGACUUUUGAACGGUAGUGUAUGUGUGUAUAUAUAUAUAUAUAUACAUUUUGCAGUAGUUUAAGGUACCUGAUUUUGCAGUGGUUUAAGGUACCUGAAAUCACUGAUCUGUCACACGUUUUUGUGUCUUACAAUGUCUUUCCCCUUU